AGGCCAACGCUGGCUUCACGUCGCUACUGGACGCGGAUUCAGAUAGACAGCAGCCGCUGCUCACCUUCAAACUAAUCACAAAUCCCACUUAUGAGCUCGACUGAAAACCAGAUAAUAUAAAUGGACCAAUUUCAGCAGAACGCUUCUUCAUAAAGGUUUUGUUACAGCACUGUUAGAUCUAUAUAUUUAUACAACAGUAGUGAGGUUGCUAACAGCUGAUUGCUAGCUAGAGCUGGGGAUCAUAACUUCAUAACAGCAGCAUCAUCAGCAUCAUCUCCUCAUAUUCUGCUGAUUACUGAACGGCUCAGCUCUUCUUCAUCUAAGCCAUGAUGCCUCUUAACUACCUGUGUUAAAAUCAUGACAUAGAUCAUAUUAGCUUAGCCUGCUGACUGAGUUAUGAUUGUGUGUUGAUGCCCCAAACAAGAGGACCAGGACAGAGGGAGUGAGUUUAUUUCCUUUCCUUGGUAGAUAUCUCACUGCCCUGGACAUGAUGGGCCCACGGCGCAAAGUCACCAGGACUCAUAAUUUGGGGGGAGGAACAUUAAGCUCCCUUGGACAUGAGGAACCUAAAGACUAUAUCAACGAGCUCUCACAUGAGGUGCUCUGCCACAUAUUCCGGUACUUACCCAUGCAGGACAUAAUGUGUAUGGAGUGUCUGUCACGGAAACUGCGAGAGGCGGUUACUCUGUACCUGCGGGUGGUGAAGGUUGUGGACCUUUGUGCUAGCCGGUGGUGGGAGUACAUGCCCUCAGGUUUCACAGACUCCAGUUUCCUCAUGCUAAUGAAGAAGAUGCCUGAUUUGGAACAGCUGUAUGGCCUUCAUCCACGUUACCUAGAGAGAAGGAGGGUCCGAGGUUAUGAGGCUUUUAGCAUUCCUGGUGUUUUGGAGGCUCUACAGGCCUGUCCCAACCUUAUAGGUGUGGAGACAUCGCAUUUGGAGCUGGUGGAGGCAAUAUGGAACUACAUGCCUCGGGUUCACAUUCUAGGGAAGUUCAGGAACCGAAACGGGGCCUUUCCUAUUCCCUCGGAGAACAAACUCACUAUUCCAGCUGCAGCUAAAAUCCAGACCCUCCAUCUUGUCGGUGUCAAUGUGCCGGAGAUCCCCUGUCUGUCCAUGCUCAGGCAUCUGUACCUGAAAUGGGUUCGCCUCACUAAGCCUCAGCCCUUCAAAGACUUUCUCUGUGUGAAUUUGCGUACGUUCGUCAUGAGGAACUGUGCCGGUCCCACUAAUUCUCUGAAGUAUGUGCCUCUUGUCACCGGUCUGGCCUCUGCUCGCAACCUAGAGCAGCUGGAGCUGGUGAGGGUGCCCUUUUUAGGUGGACUGGUUCAGCAUGUUGUGGAGGAUAGCUGGAGGUCAGGAGGAUUUCGUAAUUUGCACACAAUUGUAUUUGGCGCCUGUAAAAAUGCACUUGAAGUGGAUAUGGGCUACCUCAUCAUUACUGCUGCUCGCAGAUUGCAUGAAGUUCGAAUCCAGCCUUCCUUAACCAAAGAUGGGGUGUUCUCCGCAUUGAAGAUGGCUGAACUGGAGUUCCCCCAAUUUGAGACUUUGCACCUUGGCUAUGUUGAUGAAUUUCUGUUGCAGUGUAACAUGAGCCAUGCUGAGUUGGUCAAAUACGGUCUUGCUGAUGUAAUUGAGAAUCCUGGAAUCAUCACAGACAUUGGAAUGAAGGCUGUUAAUGAGGUGUUUACCUCCAUCAAGUAUCUGGUUAUUUAUAACUGUCCACAUCUUCACAAUCUACACAACUGGAUCACAGACCACUCCCGCUGGAGUCGCUUGGUGGACCUCACUCUAGUGCGCUGUCAUGCGAUCAAGCUGGAGUCGUUCAGUCAGUUCAUUGAGAUGCUCCCCAGCCUGGAAUUCAUCUCUCUGGACCAGAUGUUUCGUGAACCUCCCAAGGGCUGUGCCCGCGUGGGACUCAGUGCAGGCACGGGUAUCGGAGUUUCGUCUGCCCUGGUCAGCAAUCAGAAUUCCAAUAAUGAUAACAAUAACAACAACAAUAACCAGAACAAUAACAAUGCAAACAUUCCACCAAAUAACAACGACGACCGAGUCGAAGAUGUGCCUCAGCAACACCCCCGUGGCCCAGAGGAGAUUCCUGACGUUGAGGGCAUAGUGGCAGACAACAUGGAGCCUGAGCCGGUUCUUGUGGCUACCAAUCCAAAGGAGGAGACCCAGGGUUCCAGCCAAACAACUAAUCCUUCACUUGAACAGGUUGAAGAACAAGCAGGGCCUAGUGGAGUUCAAACCUCAGUGAAGAAGCAGUCGGUGGUGGUGUCAGACUCGGACAGUGAGGAUGAGUACUGUCCAAUCAGGACACCAGCUGCCGCCCGCUCUCAAGGCCAGUACCCUGAGACAGAAGCCCAGGGGAAGAGCAGUACAGCUAUGACUCCACAUGGUAAAGGUAAAACUCCACUGCGUAGACGUGGACCACAACCUCAGGAGCUCAGCUCUGAGAAAGGCUGUCAGGUGACCAGCGAGCAGAUCAAGGCUGACAUGAAGGCAGCCACUGAGACAGCUGAGCGUGGGUCCAGAGACAGAAAAAGUGGACCAGGGUCUGCUUCAGGCUGUGCUGCCGGUAGCUGUGUUUGCUCCAUCCGCUGGAGGGAGGAAUCGGCUAAUCAGGACGACCAGGGUGGGGCGGGUAGAGGGGAGGAUGACAUGGAGAGGACUCGCUGCACGUGCAGCAGGUCUCGUCCCGGCUCUGGAAACAGAACUCGUGGUGGCCACGGCCUGCCAGCAGGGGGCGACAACCAUAGAUCAGAACACCACAGCCCAGAGCAGAGAGCAGGAGAUGAGAUGGAGGACAGGCACUCCAAUGCUCCAACCAGGACUCAGGGCUCAUCUGAGGGGCACUGUGAAAGGACUGCAGGCCACCAGCAAGGAUCAUCACACAGAAGCACUACAGAUGAGUGUCCAAGGAGACCGGUCACUCGUGCCUGCAGCAGACUUUCCUCUGUGCCCCUGGUGUGCGAGUCAGAACUACCCAAAGCAAAGCCUCGGGUUGCAGUGAAGAGGAAACGGAUGGCAGACAAGUCCACCAGCACCAGUGAUCCUGUGACUGAAGAUGACCAUGUGCAGGUGCUCAGCCUUAAAUCUAAAAACUUGGUAGGAAUCACACUUACAAACUGUGGAAUCACAGACCUGGUCCUCAAGGAGUGCCCCAAAAUGAUGUUUGUCCAUGCAACACGCUGUAGGGUGCUGAAGCACUUGGUGGUAGAAACUGCCCCCAUAGUAAACCGCUUUGAUUACGCACAAUGUAAGAAGUUGGACAUGGAGCAGGUGCUUGACCAGAUCUUACGGAUGCCACCGGAGAGAAACCGCAUCAUCUACAUGAGGCCUAUGCAGCAGAUUGAUUCUCUAGCUCUGGAGAAAAAGCUCUUCAGUGGUCCGUAUCCAUACCAUAUUGCUAUUAUCCAUGAGUUCAGCAACCCACCCAAUGUCAGGAACAAGGUGCGCGUACGUAGCUGGAUGGACACCAUUGCCAACAUUAGCCAAGAACUCAUCAAGUAUGAAUUCUUUCCGGAGGCCACACGGACGGAAGAGGAUGUAAAGAAGUAUCCCAGCUAUCCCUGGGGUCGAGACAUCUACACUUUAGAGGGAGUAGUAGAUGGGGCGCCGUAUUCAAUGAUCACAGAUUUCCCAUGGCUUCGCUCGUUACGCACCGCAGAGCCCAACAGUUACGCCCGAUACGACUUUGAGGAUGAUGAAAGUACCACUAUCUAUGCGCCACGGCGUAAGGGACAGCUCUCGGCUGACAUCUGCAUGGAGACCAUCGGUGAGGAGAUCUCAGAGCGACGGCAGACACGUAGGGGGGUUUUCCAGCGUGUGGUGGUCAUCUUCAUCCACUACUGCGACGUUCGGGGGGAACCGGUGGAUGACGACUACAUCUAGAACAAUCACUGCUCGGCCGGAGGGCCUGGAGAUGCUGCAAAGGGCUCUUCAGCUCUCUG